AUGUUGUUCUCCAAGGCGCCCCGGGCAGCUUCUACGAGGAUGAAAAGAUAUUCCAAAGAAGGAAAUGCUACUCCUUUUGCCCCGUUCCUGCUGCCGCCGGAGGAAGACGAGGAAGAAGACGAGGACCACAUCCAGAUGGAGCUGCAGUCGGAUUGCUAUAAGAAUUCGGACCACGAUAAUAUUAACAUGAGCGUCGAGAUGGCCCCCGCAGGAGAACAAGAUGCGCCACGAGGUCUGCAGCAAACAGGGAAUAGAGACGACGUUAUCACAAAAGAACCGGAAAAGAACGGCGACGAACUUCUAGUAGAGGCGGUACAGACCACAACCACAGCCGGUUUGUUCAGCACUAAAAGUACAACUAGCAAGAAAGCCGAUGAAGGAGCUCCUUCAUCUGCAUCUUCGGACAAUGAACAUAUUAAACCAGCCGCGAAAAACAUAUUAUCAAAUGCAGUUCUUCCACCUCCACCACCGAGAUUGAAGAGCUCUGGCCGUCGAAUGUUGCCCCCCUCGUCCAAAAAUAUCAAUAGAGCCACUACUACGAAGAGGAACAAGGAAGUCACCGUUGCGCCAGCGGCCUCGCAGAACAAGAAACAACCGAUUGUUGCGUCGACGGAAACUACUGCUGCGGCGGACAAAAAUCCUCCCGCGGAGCUGACGAAGAGCACAAUAAAGACAACGGAAAAUGAUCAAGAAGUGAAAAUGGUCCGAGAGGAGCAGGGAUAUCGAAAUCCGAAAGGCUCGACAGAAAUUCUAGACGAGAAUAUUUUGCCCGAGCAGCCGUCUGCGUCUUCUAUCGAGCCAGACGACGCACUAGCAGUGGUUCCAGCUCCUGCGCAAAGCACUAGCACUAGCAGUAGUAGUAGCAGUAGUUCCAGCUCCUGCGCAAUUAUAAAGGAGGUGAACAACACGACCAAGAACAACACAGAGCUGCCCAGUACAACGACACGACCUGCCGAAGAAAUACUAGAGUCGGACGAUGGCGAGGAGCUCGUUCUGAAGACGAGACCUGGUGUGGUGGCAGCCGACGCAGGGCAGCAACGGCCGCAGGUAGGGAAUUUGCUAUCUGCGGAACUGACCAUGCAAUCUAGCACGACCUCCGAUGCUGUCGAGGAGGACGAUGGCGAGGAGCUCGUUCUUAUGAAAUGCAAAUAUCCCUGGAUGAUGUCUGGAAACUUGUGAUGCAAGAAAGGGAACAAGCGUGAGUGCACUGCAAUGCGCUGCCCCGCAUGACAAGUUUUUCCGUGGAGGUUCAGCAAAGUUGCGCACUCUCCAUUAGAAACCGCGUUUGUGCAUCACAGACGGAAAGAGCUCUUCGCGGGCACGCAAUACAGAGUUCAGAGUCAUGCCAGACUAGCAUGAUAAAUCUCGCAAUCUCCCAGACAUCCAGGGAUAUUUGCAGUCCAUAGUUCUGAAGAGACGACCUGGAGAUCGCGCUGGUCCCUCAACAGCGCAGGAGAUGAAACGGGUCGCUGCACGACCAGAGAACUUCUCCACGGACAACACGAAUGCUGGUUCUGGUUCUGGUUCCUCAACAAAUCUCGUUCAACAUCCGGUGGCGGAAGAUGAUAAAAGCAUCCCUCAAGAGAGGGUUGUUGUUUCCAACACUGCAAAUCGUGCGGAUGUAGUUGUUCAAGCCAACAACCCGGCGACGUCCAAUGCCGCAUUCUCAAACGUCGCGUCUGCCAGUACCCAGAAUAGUAUUCCGAGCACGAGCCGCGCCCCUGCAGUUGUGCAAAACGAACUCACAGUCGAAGCCGUGGGGGACCCUCCGGCAAUUAUUCCGCGAGAAGAUCAUGAUGUCGGGGCUGCUUCCUUGUCUUCAUCCUCCAACGCCGCGUUGGCAGGAACAAAUCAAAGCAACCAAACUACAUUAAAUCAGAGCACGAGUCGUGCGCCUGCAGUACAGGAAGGACCCACAGCUGAAGCGCUGCGGGAUCCGGCAAUUAUCCCGCGAGAUGCUGCCACUGCUUCCUCUUCCGCAAAUCUGGCGACAGGAAAUGAAAGCACACAGAAUCUUCUUCAGGGCAACACUAGCGCGGCCUCUGCAGAGGUGCAGCAGGAACAAAUCACAGCCGACGAGCUGUGGGACAUGUUGGGUGAGGACAAGGAUAAGCAGAGAGAUGAAGGACCAGUUCCGCGACCGCGAGAUGCUGUUGACACUGCCCCGUCUUCAAAUCCGGUGGCAGAAAACGAGAGCACGGAUGAAAAUCAGAACACGCGUGCCCCUGCAGUGCAGGAGGGACCCACAGCUGAAGUGCUGCCGGAUCCGUCAAUUAUCCCGCGAGAUGCUGCCACUGCUUCCUCCUCUUCAUCAAAUCUGGCGACAGGAAAUGAAAGCACCUCCCAGAAUCUUCAGGGCAACACUAGCGCCCCUGCAGUGCAGCAGGAACAACUCACAGCUGACGCACUCUGGGACAUGUUGGGGCAAGACGUUAGUAGGCAGAAAGAUGAAGCGGGACGACAGCCGCGAGAUGCUGAAGCUGCCUCUUCGAACCCGGUGGCAGGAACUGCAAGCACGGAAAAUCAGAGCACGCGUGCCCCUGCAGUGGUGCAGGACGGACUUUCAGCUGGUGCGCUACGGGACCCGGCAAUUCUCCCGCGGGUUGCUGCCACUUCUUCCUCUUCCUCAAGCGCUGCGGCGUCAGGAAAUCAAAGUAGCCAAAUAAAUCAGAGCACGAGCGCCCCUGCAGUUCAGGAGGAGCUCACAGCCGCAGCGCUGCGGAACCCGCCGAUCCCGGGAGAUGCUGCCACUGCUUCCUCUUCCUCUUCCUCAAACGCCGCGGUGGUAGGAAAUCAGAGCAACCAAAUGAAUCAGAGCACAACUGAUCCUGCAGUGCAGCAGGAGCAGCUCACAGCCGACGCUCUUUGGGACAUGUUGGGCGGUCAAGACGUUAAUCAGCAGAAAGAGGAAGCACGACCACUCCCGCAAUCAGAUGAUGCUGAAGCUACAUCCUCAAAUCCGGUGGCAGAAAAUGAAAGCGCCCAAAAUCAGCCUUCGAGCGCCUCUGCAGUGCUGCGGGACGACCCGCCAGUCCCGCGAGAAGAUACUGUAGCUGCUUCCUCUUCCUCCAACACCGCGGUCGUGGCAGGAGAUGCAAGCACGGAUAAUCAGGGCACGAGCGCCCCUGCAGUUGCAGUGCAGAAGGAAGUCACUACAGCCGACGCACUUUGGGACCUGUUGGGCACCAAACAAGACGGUGAUAAGCAGAAAGGUGAACAAGCACGAAGAGGACACCGACAACCCGAGCUUCUAGUAAAGCAGCCCAACACCACGACGAAGCAAGCUGCUGUCGCGUCAUCAAGUGCUUCAUCUUCCAGGCAAGCUGCUGUCGCGCCGCCAUCAAGUGCUUCUGCUUCAUCUUCUUGCGUAGGCAUGACAGUGUCCUCUCAGUCGGCAGGUCAGGUGGAACCUCCGGGGGCGCGAAGCAAUGUGCUAUUAUUGUUGGGUGGAGCAGUGGAUGCGGAGCGAAACGCCCGUGCAACCAAGCGGGGUGCGAGCAAGCUCAAGGACAACAAAGAGAAGGGGCCCAAGAAAGACGAGCCAGAGGUGCAAGCUCCGCCGAUCCAAGACAGCAGUGCUGGUGCGAGCAAGCGGGGUGCGAGCAAGCUUAAGAACAAUGAUAAAGCGGUGCCCAAGAAAAAAGAGUCGCCCAAGCGCCGGGGGCAGAGCAAGGAAAAGCAACAGCUGGGUCCAGCACCUCCGGCACCAGAAAGUGAUGCUGUGAGCCUGCUUGCGAUGAAGCGAGGGGCGAGCAAGACCAAGGAGAAGCAGCAAAACCCACCGGCAGAAGUAGUCGCAGCGGAAAACAACAAUUCCGGUAUUGACAAGAACCCGAAGCGCGAUUUGAGUCCUCCAAAGAAGAAAGACUCGGCCGAGGAAAGCAGACCGGCUCCCGCGGAAAGUAGACCACAACUUCAGAGACUACCGGCUGUUUUACCUCCACCAGCGCUCCUGCCCCUUAGGAAUGAAAAGAGCGAAGAUGACCGGCCGAGAAGCCAGGAAAGAGAACGGAGUAAGAAACGAGAACCGAUGAAACGCGGCCGCAGCAAAAGCAAGGAAAAGACCGCUGCAGCUGACCGCUUAAACGGUGAUGCAGCUGAUCGCUUCGAAAAAGAAAACGAGCGUGUGGACGAGGGGAAGCAAGGUGGUGGCAGCGAGCAACGACGAGGAAGCGUCGGGAUCGUAGAACGUGCGGAUCUAUCAAUUGCAAAUGUGUCUGGGUCUGGAAAGAAUGGGAUUUGUGAUCAUGCUAGCUGUCGAUCACAAAAAAAUCUGUAUUGCAUGAGAGGCAACAGGCGCUCAGAUUGUUGCCACUCAAAGAGGGCAUUUCUCAUGCAAAAUAGGCAUGAGCAAACCUUGGCGAGAGCUGUGAUGCUAGAGAAUGCAUCACAGGCAACAUCGGAGGCCAUGAAUGUACAAUUUGCAUGACAAACUCUCCAAAUCUUCCAGACCACCCAGACAUAUUUGCAUUUGAUAUGAUCUACCAAAACGACGCGGUCCUAGCCGGGUUCGAUCGCCUAGCGC